AAAAUUUAAUAAAAUUUAAUAAGCCCUCGAUAAAAAAGGUAAUCAUAAUAGACACCGAAACAGGAAAGAGAGAAAAAGGUGUGUAUGAACACUCCAGAAACAUCGUCAAAUCUCCGAUCUCAUGGAGGACACGCGUCUCGAUCUGGACGCUCCGCUCCUCUCCGCCCGGCGAUUCUCUACCGUCCAUGCCCCCGCCACUUCCUCCGCCUCGUCUCCCAUUUCUCCGCGCCGACCGUUGCCGAGUCGAACCGCCCUCCCGGUCUACAAACCGGACCAAAAAUCCGGCCCGGUUCGGAUCCCCGGUUCGGUCCCGUUCCUCUGGGAGCAUUCCCCCGGCCGGCCCAAGCCCAGCCCGACCGGGCCCGGUCCGACACCGGUCCAAUUCCCGCCGGUCCGGCCCCCGCCCCGAACCGCUCACAGCGUCCGCACGCGUGGACCCGUCGGUGGGUCGGAGCACGAGGAGGCGUCGCAUGCGGACGCGCACGAGGCGCUCUCCCGCACGGAUUCGUUCCUCGUCAACUGUAGCCUGAGCGGGGUCGCGGAUUAUGCGGACCAUCCGAGGGUCCUAUAUGCGGACGACGCGCCCGCAUGCGACUUCAUUAUGGGGCGGUUCUUGCCCGCGGCGCAGGCCCUGGCCGGGGGGCCGCGUCCGCAGAAUCACGCAAACGUCGAGAACGCGUCCGCAUGCGAGCGCGAGCCCACCAAACCUUCCCCCGUUCCGCGGAGAGAUCCCGUGCGGAGGGCCCCGAUUUUGUGUCCGUACAGUGCGAAUUAUGCGGACGAGGAGGAGGAGGAGGAGGAGGAGGAGGAGGAAUAUUAUGAUCAUAGUAGUAGGGAUUUUUCGACUAAUAAAGUGUGUGGAUUAAUUCCAAUAUUUUGUUUGAAUAAUUCAUUUUGUCUUCUUAAGCUUGGUGGAAGAAGCUCACGUGGAGACGAAUACGAGCAAAAACUGGAGGAGAGGAAUCAAGCAGGGAGGAGCCAGUUGAAUACUGAAUCAAAUUGGAUUCUGGAUUGGACUAGUUCACAAAUGGCUGAUUGGGCCUUCCCUUUUCCUCACUCAACAUUUCAGAAGGGUAAUCUGAACCCUGCAUUUCAGAAAACCCUCUCUGAGGAUUUAAAGGAGAGUUCUGCCGGAAAAGAUGACAAAGUCGAAGGGAAUUUGACCGCAGAAUCUCGCGGAAGUGAUGCGCUGCAGCACAACUCUUCUGGUGCUGCUGAUCCCAGGUUGCAGAUUUCUCCGAACAGCGAGAAUGCCAAACAUGAUAUCAGUGAGGAUUCUGCUGCAUUAUUGCCAUGUAAACUCCAGCUGCUGUUGCCAAAAUCACCGUCCGAUUCUUGGCUUUCUCGCGUCUUACCUUCCGUUUCGUCGAAGAAACUGCCCGCGCGGUCCUUUUUAGUUCUUCGAUCCCCGCCCAAGAAACAAGCUACGCGGGCCUUGCUCGAUCCGAAGCCGGAUUUGUAAGGCUUUCCAGAAGUGCUCUUGAGGCCUGCAUCGCGGGAUUCGGAGAUUUGAAGGUCGAAAUGUCUCUCAUUUCUUGCAAUCACAUUACUAUUUUGCGUUUUCCGAUCUCGCAGAAGUGUACAGCUAGGAAAAUCUUACUUCCUCUUCUUUCUUUCCUUUUUUUUUUUGAAAUCAAUUUCUUUCUCUUUUUAUCGUCCUCAGAACGACUCUUUAAAUCCGCAUUUCUACAAUUUACAUCUCAUAAGCUGUUAUAUAGCUUGAUGUAUAGCAAUUUAGUGACACUGAAUUCAUUUGUAAAUAUCAUAUAUAUCUUCAUAAAAGUGUACUUACAUUUGUGUUUCCUUUGCAUCUGUAACGAAAAUGUCGAAUUCAGUUUCA